GCGCACAUACGGAUGGAAUGAGCGCGUGUAUGGAGAACCGACUGUGCAGUUGAAUCAUUUUAAAAUUCCUGUCGAGAGCUAGUGUAGUACCACGAAACAGUGAUAACAUUAUCGGAUAUUUACUACACUUUUAUAAACUUAUGUUGUCCGCUAUAUAGUGUCAGUUGCCAGAAAACACAAUACCGCCAAAAGCGUUGCCCCGGAUUUGUUGCUGAGGAAAACACGUUUGUUUCUGGAUUAGAAUCGAUCUUGCGACGUCACAACGUAAGGCUCACCUGCGAUGCAAAAUAACGAUGUCGAGAAACAUGGAACUCUACCUGAGAUCGAAAAACUUAAAGUUUACGAAAUUCGAUGGUUCAUUCUGGCAUUAUUCGUUCUGUAUUCCACAUCGAACGCAAUGCAAUGGAUCGAAUACUCCAUUAUAGCUAAUGUGAUAACGAAAUAUUAUGGUGUUUCAACCACAUGGGUGGACUGGACGUCGAUGCUUUAUAUGAUUCUCUAUAUCCCAUUUAUUUUCCCAGGAAGCUACCUCUUGGAUAAAUUGGGUUUAAGAAUCUCCGUACUCAUUGGAAUGGUGGGCACCUGUGCUGGUGCUUGGAUAAAAGUGGGAUCUGUUUCACCUGACCGAUUUUGGGUGGGAUUUUUAGGUCAAGCCGUAGUUGCCCUGUCUCAAGUUUUUGUUUUAUCAGUACCUGCUCGACUAGCCGCUGUUUGGUUUGGUCCUUCACAAGUAUCUUCCGCAUGCAGCAUUGGAGUUUUUGGAAAUCAGUUAGGAGUAGCCCUCGGAUUCCUUAUUCCGCCGAUGAUCGUUGGAAACGGUACUGAAGACGAAAUCACAGAGGACUUGUAUAUCCUUUUUAUAGCCGUCGGAGUAUACACUUCAGUUUUACUAGUCCUUAUAAUUAUCUUUUUCAAGAAUGAACCACCAACACCUCCGUCUUAUGCACAAUCUCAACCAACUGACAAUGCAGAUGCUGGAAAUUUUCUGCAAUCCUUAAAGAGAUUGGUAUUAAAUCCGUCGUAUAUGCUUCUCUUGCUUUCAUAUGGCAUAAACACGGGAAUUUUUUAUGCGAUUUCCACCUUGCUCAAUCAGAUAAUAUUGCUUUAUUAUAAGGACGCUGAAGAAGAUGCCGGAAGAAUUGGUUUGGUUAUUGUUGUGGCAGGAAUGGUUGGUUCCGUUGUUUGUGGAAUUAUUUUAGAUAAAUGGCACAAGUUUAAAGAAACAACUCUUUCAGUAUACGCGUUGUCUCUCGUGGGAAUGGUUAUCUUUACUUUUACACUGAAUGAAGGCAUUGGUGUGGUUUACUUUACAGCUGCUUUAUUAGGAUUUUUCAUGACCGGUUUACUGCCAGUGGGAUUCGAGUUCGGUGCAGAACUCACUUAUCCAGAACCAGAAGGUACCUCAGCAGGACUUUUAAACGCAUCGGCUCAAGUUUUUGGAAUCGCGUUUACAAACAUCUAUUCCGUUAUUUUCAACAACCUUAACGACAUUUGGGCCAAUUCGAUAAUGUCUAUAAUGUUACUAGUAGGCACUAUCAUGACAGGAUUAAUUAAAUCUGAUCUUCGACGACAAGCUGCUCAGGCUAAUAAGUAAGAGUUAAAAAAGUCGACGCUAUGUCUCAUAAUUUGUACAUGAAAAAUGUGAUAACUGUAAGUUAUGAUUUGUAUAUUUUAGGUAGAUAUUUGAAAAAUUAUUUAAUUUAUUUAUUAAGAACGAAACGUCGGACAAUAAUAGUCAGCCUGUGUAUACAUACUUCUAAUCUUCCAGUCUAUAAAAAGGUACUAAUUUAAACCUAAUUCAGAAUGACUAUUACAUGUUGGUAUUUUUAUAUGAAAAUGUUUAUAUCUGGAGUUGACAAUACAUAUUUUCAUGUAACGACCGCCAGAAUUUAAAGUCUAAAAUUGGCUAAUUUUAGAAUCUAACUGUAGUUUGAGAUGUGUGUUAGCACCAUCUGUACCAAAAUCUUCAUUUUCCAAAGACACAUGUUCUUGGCGCGUUACGCCAUCUUCAUAAAUUAAAAAACCACCAACACGUCAAAGUCACUUAAGUUCAUAUCAGGGUUCAUAUUCCGAGUAUAUGACGUUUGUGGUGCCAACAGUUUCAGUAAUACCAACACUGCAGUGUGUGGUGGUUUCUUACUUGAUAAAACUGCACUUUACAAUCAACUAUUAGUUAACAUGACACUGCCAAACUUUUUACCGAAGUGUAGUGUUAACAUAAAUCUUACUCCUUUUACACAAUUUACAGUAUGUAGUGUAGUAACAAGAAAACCGAUUCUUUCAAUAUUUUUGAUAAUGUAUCAUACUUGACAAACAGUGGUGUCGCGAUUAUUUAUUUCAGUAUUAACUGAAGCUUAUACCCAAGAAAUGCCCCAAAAUUUAACGAUUCAGCCUGUGCACAAAUGACACAGUUUUGUUCUUCGACUAUCGUUGAAUUUAUCUGAAGCCUUUUACAACAGUUCUGGUUAGUUUUGCAAGGAUAUGUUGAUGUCUUUUCUCACUCGGGAGCUGGUCGCUUGGAUAGCUCUACACUUCGGCUCGAUUCGCAAAUGCCGAAGCGGAGUGCCAAGGUGUUACAUAGGCGUAGACAGCGAAAGCGUAUUGACAAUAAGGGCAAAUUCUUGGAAGGUGUGCAAGACAUGAAAAUUCUUGUGACACGUAACUGAAAUGUGCGAAUGUUUUGAAAUAAUUAUCUUCGGAAAAAAUUGUUUAGUAUAAUCUACAACGAAGCAACAAUAUUUAUAAGCAAUUUUCCUGUGAUUACAUAUACAGCUAUGUCACCUUUUGAAAUUCAUUCUUUUAACAAAUAAAUAACAUAAAGAAUCACAGUUUUCAUGGCUUAGAAGUACGAAAGAUCACCGUACCUUUUUUGAAAGUUAACCAUACUCUGAUAUAAUUAUUACGUUAAGGUGUAGUAGACGCAUAUCUGUUUUUAUUUAUUUUAUUAAAAUUUGUUUUGAGAUGUACACAGUGUUAGAAUGUUCAAGUGGUUUUUCUGGCAUUCUUUAAACUCUGGUUUGAGAGAUUAAAAUUUUUAAAAGAAUCUCAGUAUAUUAUAUUCACUUGUUCAUAUACAUUGCUAGACCAACAAAAUUACCCCUUGACUUUAAAAAAUAAUAAAACACAGCGAAAUGUGCUUUUUCUAACAAUAUAUUGUCUUUUUGGUUAUUUUACCAAAAGACACUUUCGUAGCAUUAGCCCAAUAUGCUAUAUUACUUAUAAUAAUGAGUAAGUAAUACAUUUGCUAUAAAAAAAACAUAAACGUCGGUGUAGUAUUUAUUAUUUCCUAGUAGGUUUGUUUCACCUAAGUAUGUAACAGGUUUUUUUUAUCAGCUUCACAGUAUUAUAAUAUACAAUAUACAUAUAUAAAUAAAAAAAAUCUUCGUUAAUAAUAUUUUACUAUAGAUUUAAACAGUAUAUGUCCAAUACAGUGUAAAUUACUAUCAUUUUACCAAGAAAAACAAUCAAUUUCUAAUAAAAUUGGUACAUACCCUAGCCCUAGAGCUACCAGAAUAUUAUAUGACAUAACAUAUCUCCGUAGUAACAAAUUUUUUCUGGAAAAUCUUAUUUUUGUGGAUGGAGGCACAAUGAUUUGCGUACCAUAAUGGACAUAUUACAUUACUGUUUUCUGAUGUAGAUAAAAUAGAGCAACGUUACGCUUAUAAUAAGUGAGUUUAAAUUUAACAAGAUGUCUGUAAAUGAUUGGUCAUCAAGUUACAACUGAAACUUGGCAGUUUGUCAGUUAUAAUCGUGUUCGUUAAAACUUCCCACUCUGAUGCGACAAUCAUUUAUGGAUACUUUGUAUUUUCAAAUAGAACCUCAUUUGAUUAUUAUUAUUAUUAUUGUUGUUAUACAUAUAUUAGUUAUUAAGUUUUGAAUCUAGUUUAAAAAGGUUUUCUGUUAUGAAAUACUAUACUCACAUGCUGUAAUAUUCCAGAAGUUAUUUAAAUUUUUAUUUUGUAAUAAUUUAACAACGUCCAAAAACGCAUAGAGACUCCUGAAAUAUUAUUUGUUAUUUAAAAGUAUAAAUUUUUAUAACUAAUUUGACAACUGUUAUGUAGAUAUUUCAUUGUAGGAACCAUAAUGCAUUUAUUCCGAAUUAUCUUCUAUACGUAGCAGUUGUGUACAGCAAAAAUAGACAAUAUUAGUGCCAUACAAUCGAAGAAAGUCGUCUAGAAAGUAACGACGCGUUGGUGUUACCAACAUAAUUUUUUAACAUUAAAUUUCAAAGGCCGCUCGACGACUUUUUUCUUUCAUAUGGUAUUUUCACAUUUUUGUAAAUAAAAGGACUAGUUUUUAGCUAGAAGUUAAACAGGAAGUGUUAUUAUUUUUAGGCUUCCUUUCAAGAGAUUUAUUUAUGUAAUAGAAAUGUAGUUGUAAAUGUAACUGUUGAUAGUUUAUUUAUUUUUAGUAUUAUGAGUAUUACUGACCAGUGGUCCGCAUGUUUUGUUAUUCACUUCAGGUGUGUGCUCAAUGAUUUAAAUUUAGUGGUGCUGCAUGAUUCACUAGUGAUAUGUAGUGACUCCAGUUUUUAGUCAUUAGAUUAGUAGUAGCCUUGUGAUUCUAGAAGUUAAUAUGAACUGUAAUAUUUGUCGUAAAAGCAAAUGUAGUUUUGAUAAUAUUUUUUGAACGAUAUUUAGACAUUAAAACCGACAGAUCGGAACGCACUUGUUAAUAUUUCACACAUCAGAGAUUUAUUGGUUGCAUACAAUUUAUACAUAACAUUUUCUAAAAAUACUAGUGAUUUCGCAAACAGGCAAAUGGUUGGUUACUCAUUUGGAUUGAAUCCAGCUAAAAAUAUUUUUUUAUAACAAAAACGCUUUGAAUGUGAUAAUAUUUUAUCAGAUGGUUGAUGUUACGUAGUAUGUAGGAUUCAACAUAAUAAAAACAGAAAUCGAAAGUCGGUGAAAUUUUAUUCUGUAUGAAUUUUUAUUGUAUAACAACCGAAUGCGUUAAAAAUAACAUUGCAUGAACGUAUUUUGUAACACUUUAGCUCAAACUGAAUCAUCUGGGACAAUAAAAUGUACGACUUUCAUGGUAAUGUAUGUUUGAAAUAAACGCUUUUGGAAAACAAA